AUGUCUCAUAGUGGAACUCAAGGUAGCGUUGGAAGCCAUUCUGCAUCUGGUCUUCGUAGUAACAGGAUUAUCAUAUACGAGCAUGAAAACUUCCAAGGACGUUGGGUGGACAUUAACGCAGAGUGCCGAAACAUCUGCGAUCGAGGAUUUGGUAGAGUGGGAUCCUUUCGUGUUGAAUGUGGACCAUGGGUGGGUUACGAACAACAAAAUUUCUGUGGCGAGAUGUUCAUGUUGGAGAAAGGAGAGUAUCCUCGUUGGGACUCCUGGUCCAAUAGCUAUCGCACUGACUGCAUGAUGUCUUUCAGACCGGUUAGAAUGGAUGGCCAAGAUCAUAAAAUUUGUCUCCAUGAAUGUGCCAACUUUGACGGAAGGAAAAUGGAGAUCUGUGAUGAGGAUAUUCCCAGUUUAUGGGCCUAUGGUUUCCAAGACAGAGUUGCCAGCAUUAAAGUCACUGGUGGAACGUGGGUUGGCUAUGAGUAUCCAGGCUACAGGGGUUACCAGUAUGUGCUUGAAUGUGGAUCUUACAAGCAUUGGAACGAAUGGGGUGCCAAACAGCCCUUGAUUCAGUCCAUGCGCCGUGUGAAGGAUCAGCAAUGGUACAAAAGGGGCUGCUUUGAGUUUGUUCAUUAA